CGAUGUAUCACUCCGCGAGGUUAGUGCAACGAAACCCGCAGACAAAACCGAACGUGAAUUUAUUUAUAACAUCACUCUGAUAAUCGCUCAAUGGGUUUUUAUGCAUCUUACAGGACUCAUCGAUCGUCUUACGUUUGCACACAUCUACUCCUUUACUUGCAGUCAGAAGCCUGUUUGCCGCACUGCAUAGUGUUCUUCCGCCAUUGUCGCCAUAAGGAGGGGAAGUGAAGGCAACGCUGAAGAGUACCAAUUAUAAUUUAAAGAUUCUGCUAAUUAUUCACGGAAUAUUUUGUGGUUCGCACAGUGUUUGGAUGUAAACAGCACCGUAGUUUGUCGUUUUCGUCUGGAAUAUCGUAUUCUUUUUUCUAAGAAACGUGCACAACUUGUGUUGCGUUGUUUGGAACCUGCUGUGAACUUUUCGUGAGGCGCAGUAUUAUCAUACUGAUAUAAGAUUCUACUGCGGGGCAGUAACAGCAAGGUAUCUGUGUGAGCAGCUUUUGCUGAUGAUGUGAGUCCCGAUCUACCUGGAUGGUUCGUGAGCCUCAGUGACCAUGAGCCUAGGCAGUGACGAGGUCAACUAUCUCGUUUAUCGCUACCUGCAGGAAUCGGGGUUUGUGCAUUCAGCAUACACAUUUGGUAUUGAGAGUCAUAUCAGCCAGUCCAACAUCAAUGGGGCUUUGGUGCCUCCAGCUGCCCUUCUCAGCAUCAUCCAGAAGGGCCUGCAGUAUACGGAGGCAGAGAUCAGCAUCGGAGAGGAUGGGUCAGAGAGAGUACUCGAGUCUCUGACCUUGAUUGAUGCCAUUAUGCCCGAUGUGGUUGAGUCUCGGAAACAGGCUGCUGCCAAAGCCCACCCCAUUAAGACAGAGAAUGCCAACACAAAUGGAGAAGAUGCUUCUCUGACAGUCUCAAACCACACAGACACAAUGGAGGUUGAUGGAGCUGUGGAGAUCCCUGGCAACCGGGCCACAGUGCUUCGCGGCCAUGAGUCUGAGGUAUUCAUCUGUGCCUGGAACCCAACCAAUGAUCUCUUGGCUUCAGGGUCUGGUGACUCGACAGCUCGCAUCUGGAACAUGAACGACAACAGCAGCAACGCCAACCAGCUGGUGCUGAGACACUGUAUACAGAAAGGGGGGACUGAAGUCCCCAGUAAUAAGGAUGUCACGUCUCUGGACUGGAAUUGUGAUGGUACAUUACUGGCUACAGGGUCAUAUGAUGGUUAUGCGAGAAUAUGGAGUACAGACGGUCGUUUAGUAAACACAUUAGGGCAGCAUAAAGGACCUAUUUUCGCUCUCAAGUGGAAUAAGCGAGGGAACUACAUUUUAAGUGCAGGUGUAGAUAAGACAACGAUAAUCUGGGAUGCCAGUUCAGGGAACAGCACUCAACAGUUUGCGUUUCACUCGGCUCCUGCAUUAGAUGUAGACUGGCAGAGCAACACCAGCUUCGCAUCAUGUUCUACAGACCAGUGCAUUCAUGUCUGUCGGCUUGGCUCUGACAGACCCACCAAGACAUUCCAAGGACACACAAAUGAGGUGAACGCAAUCAAAUGGGACCCCCAAGGGCAGCUGCUGGCAUCCUGUUCAGAUGAUAUGACAUUAAAAAUCUGGAGUAUGAAGCAGGACUCGUGUGUGUAUGACUUACAAGCUCAUAACAAGGAGAUCUACACUAUCAAGUGGAGUCCUACAGGACCAGGCACCAACAACCCAAGUGCUCCAUUAAUCUUAGCUAGUGCAUCGUUUGACUCGACGGUCCGGUUGUGGGAGGUGGAUCGAGGCACCUGCCUCCACACCCUCACUCAGCAUCAGGAGCCUGUCUACAGUGUGGCCUUCAGUCCAGACGGCAGGUACUUGGCCAGCGGGUCCUUUGACAAGUGUGUUCACAUAUGGAAUGUGCAGAAUGGAACACUAGUUAAUAGUUAUAGAGGAACAGGGGGAAUAUUCGAGGUUUGCUGGAAUCAUCGAGGGGACAAAGUUGGUGCCAGUGCAUCGGAUGGCUCAGUGUUUGUACUAGACUUGAGGAAGUAGACUGGAAGAGGGAACCAUGUGAUUAACUACCAUCUUAACAGUGCCAUUAUGGCAGCAGUGGAAAAGAGGAGGAAGUUGCCACAGUGGACCAACAACUCACUGACGGCUUUCUGGGGAGCCUGCUGGGCACUGCCAUGGAGUUGAGAUGAGAUUGACACCAGAAGCUUCACAGGCAUGUGUGAUGUUCAUGGGACAGGGAUGUAGAACGUGAUGAUCACAUGUUUGUUCCACUGGGUUGACAUCAGGAGCUUCACAGGCAUGUGUGAUGUUCAUAGGAGGGGGUUGUAGAACGUGAUGAUCACAUGUUUGUUCCACUGGGUUGACACCAGGAGCUUCACAGGAAUGUGUGAUGCCCAUGGGACAGGGAUGUAGAACGUGAUGAUCACAUGUUUGUUCCACUGGGUUGACACCAGGAGCUUCACAGGAAUGUGUGAUGUUCAUGGGACAGGGAUGUAGAACGUGAUGAUCAAAAUGUUUGUUCCACUGGGUUGACAUCAGGAGCUUCACAGGCAUGUGUGAUGCCCAUGGGACAGGGAUGUAGAACGUGAUGAUCACAUGUUUGUUCCACUGGGUUGACAUCAGGAGCUUCACAGGCAUGUGUGAUGCCCAUGGGACAGGAAUGUAGAACAUGAUGAUCACAUGUUUGUUCCACUGGGUUGACAUCAGGAGCUUCACAGGCAUGUGUGAUGUUCAUGGGACAGGGAUGUAGAAUGUGAUGAUCACAUGUUUAUUCCACUGGGUUGACAUCAGGAGCUUCACAGGCAUGUGUGAUGUUCAUGGGACAGGGAUGUAGAACGUGAUGAUCACAUGUUUGUUUCACUGGGUUGACAUCUGCUUUACCCAGACAAUGUUGUGUGUGCAAGAUGGGAUGCUGGAACAACAUAAUUGACCUUGAAAUUGGUGAAUGUGAAGGUGGAGCCAGUGUCUUCUCCAGUGCAAGGACACCUCCAGGAAUGCCUGUAGUGGCACCCCAAAACAGACUGUCCAAAGGACUGUUGAUGCCCUUCCCAUAGAACAGCAUCCAUCACCACCACAGAAUCCUUCGAAGUGCUGUUGACACUGUUAGUUGAGUCCCAGGAUAUAGCAGUCCGACCACCCUGACGACGUACGUCAGCAGAGGUUAGCUAGCUCCAGUACUGGGCUUCCUUUCUUUCCAUUCAGUUUUCACAAUGGAGCCCCAGUCAGUGUUAUAUUGACAAGUGCUUAAAGCCUGGCUAUGUGUACAAGGAGCGUAUGUGAGUGUGUUUGCGUGUGUGAGAGGAUGGCAUGAGAUAGGUCCACUGCCUGAAAGUGGCUUCUUUCAUGAGAUGCCUAUCUCUGAAUGUCCUCACUUGCUUCAUGAGCAGCUUUCAUCAUCUUCAUCUUCAUCUUCCUUAGAUAUCUUCAUUUAUUCAAGCAUCAGAGAAUCUAACAAUGUUCUGAUUAUCAUUUACUUUCCUGUUCUAUUGCAUUCAGAGUUGGCGAUCCUCCACACGUUCCCACUGAAAGUGCUAGAAAGUGCUACAGUGCAGAGUUGUCAAACACAUGUGCUGUUAUUAUUACCGAACUGUCUGCCACACUUGAUUCUUGAAUAUAUUCUUGAAAGAUUUCUUUACUUGAUGUAAAAAUUAGGUUCCUGGGAACAGAUGAGAUUGUUCGUGAUUGGGUGAGAGGCUUGAGUCAGUUUUCUAAGUUUAUGUGACUGACCACUAUCUAUCACUGUGUACCUUGUUACCUUCCAUUCUUGAAGGGAUAGAGGUGCUUCUGUCAGCUUAAAUUAUUGGUUUGAAUACAAGAGCCUUCCUUAUUUUGAUUCUUAAUUUAUCUUGCACCAUACCAGUGCCCUGAGUUGAACAAGUGGUGACCUCACCUUCGUCAGCCAACAGUGAUAUGACUGAAAUACUGGUGCAAGCAAACCCCGCUCACUGACUCAUUCACUCACUCACUCAUUCCAUGGAGGCAUCUUCUGCAUUUACUGUAGACAAUGAUACCAGUCCUGCCCAUUAAAGAAUAUAUUGUAGGUUAUGUCAAGUUACUCUGAAGUUCCAGAUAAAACUGUGGACUUUCAAAAAUCAGUUUCAUAAUUUGGAGGUUAAGAAGAUUUUGUAUUGGAAUAUAUAUUUUUCAAUUACAGUUAUGAAUCCCAUAGUUCUCAUUACAGGUUUGUUUCCUAGCAAGUAGGAAUUGUUAAAAACAUUAUUUCUUGUAUCAUGUUAUUUUCAGCAAAUCAUAAGUGAUUUAUCAAUUGUAAAUAUUACAACAAAUUGUAAAUUCUAAUUUAAUGUUUAUUUUCAUUGGAAACAAACACAAAUUGAUGAACUUAUAUCAUCUGAUUUUAAAUAGUUUUAAAACUUCAAGUUAACUUUUAAUUCUUAUGUAACAUGAUUAGGUGAAUAUAAAUAUGUAUAUGCGAGAAUCCUGUUUGAGAAUAGUGACAGCCAGAUUGCUUUGUAGUUCAUGUUAUUAUCUUUACUAACAUUUCCUGUUUUGGAUUAGAUGUGGUAACUAUUGAAUUGUAAUUUCAAGCUUUUUGGUUCAGAUGUCAUGCCAAGAUACCAAAGUACAUUUGUUGCUAGGUGCUGAUCGGCUGAAGUGACUGUGUAGCUGGUGAUGGAUCUGUUACCAGCUGUAGGGGCCUCCCACCAAAUAAUGAAUAGUAAAUGUGUUAAUUUUACUUUGAUAUCCGUAGUUUGUGAUGUUUGAUGUUGCUGCCACCGCUGCCGCCUUUGUGGAACCACUUCUUCUGUUCAUGUAUUAGUUUACUCAAUUACCAUGGUAACCCAUGCAGUGUUCUUAUGUCAGCCUCUGAGAGGUGGCUCACAUCACAUCUGUUCAUUUGUCAUCCAGUAUGGAGGGUAGGGGUGUCCAUGGUGAUACAGGUGCAAGUACAUUGUUACCAAUACCUGUAUCUUCAUAUAACUUGUACUUAAUUAUUUUCCUUGAAGACCUCCACAAAAUCUGCUUGUGAUUAUAAUUUAUGAAUUGUUUCUCUAGAAAUGUCAUUUAAAAUGAAUCUGUUUGGUCCUUUGAACAAGUCAUUCAUCCUAAGAAUAUGUUUUAUAAGAGAAAUACAAAACUGAAAUUUUUAAGCUGCCGGUGUCCCUCAAAAUAUUUCAUCUUAAGUGUGAGGCUACUUGCAAGUGCCUAAUGCUCAGUUUGGUGUAUUACACUUGUUGUAUAAAGUGACCAGGGUUAGGGUCGGCCCUUUCAUAUAACACAGUUCACCAUGCAUAGUUGCUGCCAUUCAGUCUGCCGGGAUCCUAUCCUUUGGCUUGAUAAAUUUAGUUCAGCUAAAGUGGUAAAUGCUGUUGUGUAGGUGAACUACUCUUUAAAGCAUCCAAACUACUCCUUACUCUUUGAGUGAGCACUGCAUUGCACUAUGCCCCAUAGAAUGUGGAAUGUUCAUCCUUCAAAUGGCAAACUUCAAAGGUGAGACACAGGAACUUAAAUAAUUCUUAUCUGUCUCUAACCCUCCUGAGUUCACUAGAUUUUGCAUUUACAUGUCCCCUGAGUCUAUGGAGAAUCGUGCUACAUCUGACAUCUUAGCCGGUGUCUCAAUGCUGUCAUUUUUCAAACAUUUUCUAUGACAACACAUGGGCACAACAAGGACAGACUUUUCAUAUCCACAUGAAGGCAUCAUCACAUUCUCACAUUUCUGUCCCUGUUCAACACAUUCUGCAGCUGUCCAUGCACACCAGUUGAACACAUUCUGCAGUUGUCCAUGCACACCAGUUGAACACAUUCUGCAGCUGUCCAUACACACUAGUUGAACAUAUUUUGCAGCUGUCCAUGCACACUAGUUGAACAUAUUCUGCAGCUGUCCAUGCACAGAAAUUGGACAUGUUCUGUGACAGUCCAUGUAAAGUAGCUGUUCAUGGACAGUAGUGGAACAUGUUUAGCAGCUGUCCAUAUACAUUGGGUGAACAUGUCCUGGAACUGUCCAGUAUUGUAGCCCUCUCUUGCUGUCAUCAGUGCCUACUGCUCUGCUCAAUUUUAAUUUUAAUUAUUGUAAGUAAAUGUUUGAGGGUAUUCCACUGUAAUUAUCAUAAGAAACAAGAAGUAUGAUGUCUGAUUUAGUGUGAGAAUGAAGAUGUUCAAGAUGACGUUCACAUUUAGCAGUUUCCUUCCUCAGUUAACAAAGUUAUGACAAGGAAAGUAUUUAUUUAAAUGUACAUGAAGAGAAGUGUUCUCAACAUCAUAACCGUGGUGCAUUUCACUUAGUCAUAGAUGGGGAAACAUGUUCUUUGAUUAAUGAUACAUAUUGUUUGAGUUGUUUUCAUGAAGGUUUAUGUUAAAAACUUGUCACUGGGUUGCUGGUGUAAAACUGUGAAUGAAUGUUUGCCUUUCUGUUUAAUCUGUUUUAUAUUAGUGAUAAGCUAGUGUUUCCAUCUUCAGGUAUCAUCUCAUUCUCACAUUAAGCAUUAGGUUGUGAUUGUGGUCUGAUUGUGCAGGAGAUCUGUAGGGUGUCACUGUGUAUAUACACACAGACUGUACACUGCAUCCCACUGUUGGAUGCAUCUCAGAUUUCAAGAUGUGUCUUGUACUGUCAGAUGCUUCUUACUGUAUAAUGUCAUGUAAUGAAGGAUACCUCAUUAACUGGAGAAGGUGUCUUGUACUGUCAGAUGCUUUUCACUGUAUGUCAUGUAAUGAAGGCUGCUUCUUGCACACGGGGAUGUGUCCAGUAUUGUCUGUUGCAUCUCACUGCGGAAUCACUCUUGCAUUGUAUAGUGGGUCUUAUAUCACAUGGUGUGUACACAGAAUAGGGUGUGUGGCAUGGACACUCUGUUUCAUAACAAAGGUGCAUUGAUAGGUAUGGACACACAAGGAUGCUGUGUAAAUGGUGUGUCAUGCUGACUAUAUGGUAAACUUGCUGUACAGUGCUGCUAGUAUUGUACAGUGCAUGGUCUGUCAUCAAUCACUGGACCGGAGUAUCCACUCCGUAUCAUCAUCAUCAUCACAUAGGGAUCUGACACAUUGCUGCUGCUGCAGUGAUGGCCGCUGAAGUGUCAGGUAUUGGUGUACAUAUGUCUCACACUUUGUCCAUCAGAGACUCAUGUUUUGUAUCAUGUUGAGAUGUUUAAAAAAAUGGAAAAAUUAAAAAGUUAAAUAAUUA